GAAAGUUUUCUUUCCUCCUUUUUUUUCCUCUCUGUGUGCGGAGGAACCGUCGCAUGCACGCACAAUGAGAACGAAAGCGACGGGUUUUUUUAGCAUGCAGCUUUCUCCUCUGAUGCCCAGUGUCUGUUGGUCCUCGCCGACGUCGUUUUGAGUUACUUUAGAUGCUUCUCAACACAUUUCCGUUAUGCGAAGUCCAACUUGUUGGUUAGUUGUCGUGCUGCGGUGGGUGCCCAUCCGAGAUAACGGAGAACUGAUUCUCAGCCGGUCUGGUUACUGCAAUGAAUGGUAACACUAUCCAUCCAGCCAACACCACCACAACAGCAGGAGGAGGCCCUGGCGUGGCAGUGCCCCCGAGAGGCUGGAGGGAGUUCUGCGAGCUGCACGCCAUCGCCACAGCCCGGCAGCUGGCUGGACACUACCAGAGCUUCGCCCGAGAGUGGCCACAACAUGACGUGCUCCCACCAGAGACCUUUUCCAAGCAGUUCACCGACCUCUUCCAGAAGCACUUCUGCUGCGAGGUCGACAAAGAUGGCACUCCGCUCAGCCAGAACACAUGCUCUACCGCCACCGGUAGUGCUUCCUCCACAUCUCCAGUGGCCCGUCCCAUUCCAACACAGGCUGUGACUGGUCGAUCACGGAUCAAGUCUUUGUCUGGGGCGCAAGACUAUCGGGAGGCGGGCCGGCCAAGUGGAGGAGCUGCUCUGUUUGCUUUGGCGCCACCAAAAGUGGAGCAGGUGGUCGUGAGCCGGGAACAGGAGCAGCCGCUGCGAUGUGCUUCGGGAAACUCCUUAUCGGGAAAUCCGGUUGUGCUCAGAGGGUCGACUCGCAGCAUCGGCAGCGGGUCACUGCUGCUUCACAGCCAUAGCAAUGAGGAGAUCUCUGGCGCAGAUCGUCGUCAGGUAUCUGAACGGUACUCAUCUGACUCCUCAGCCUCCAACCCUGGCCACGCUGACGUCACCCACUUCUCUGUCAGUCAAAUCCAGAAGACCGUAAGAAGGAUUUUCAAGAAACAGCCCCUCCCCAGCCCCCCCUCAUCCCAGGACCUGUCUCCUAGCAGCCCUAACCCCACCAACAACAACAACAAUCCCCAAAAUAAUGGUGACAGAGUGGGUGGGAUUUCCUCCACAAAUGAGGACGUGUCAUCAUCCUCCUCUUCCUCCCACUCAUCCUCUUGUCUGAACUCUGAGGGCAACCCCCCAGGCGCUUCAAAUUGGUCUGUGGCUGCAGUAGCCUCUCACUUCCUGGAUCGUUUACGUUGGUUCCACAGCAGAAGCAUGAGGCAGAGGAGGUCAGAGGUGAGCGGCUGCUGUAAGGAGGGCCAACUGAGGUACUUACUGGUGGAUGACACUAUCUCAGACUCUCAGCCCCGCUGGCAACGCUGCCGCCUGCUGGUCAGGAGGAUCAGGGACAUUCGUGGAAGAGGAGGAGGGGAGAGGUACCAGUUGGAGCUCUAUGAUCCGCCAAAGGCCUCCAGUCCCAAGCUGACAACUCAGUGCUGUGAUAUCCAAGAAGUACGUCGUUGCAACCGUCUGGAGAUGCCCGACAACUUAAACACAUUUGUUUUAAAGGUUAAUCGAGGUAGUCUGAUAUUUGAGACCGACAACGACCAGCAGGUCAGCUCCUGGACCACAGAGCUAAAAGAAUGUAUCAGCAACAGGUCAGGCAGUGUGGAUCUGGAGCCUCUCCCCUCCCCAGCUAACAGCUCUGUUCCAGCCAAUCGCAGAGGAAGCUCAGCGUCAGCAAGUCAAAGCCCCGUCACCUUCACCCUGCCAGAGCAGGUUAUCCAGAAGACAGAUCACUUCCUCUUCUCCUACCCAUGGUUCCACGGGCCCAUCUCCCGCGUCAAGGCGGCCCACCUGGUUCAGAGCUCUGGACCGGAGGGACAUGGAGUGUUUCUGGUCCGACAGAGCGAGACCCGCAGGGGAGACUACGUCCUCACAUUUAACUACCAGGGAAAAGCAAAGCACCUGCGCCUCUCGCUAACAGAAUGGGGUCAGUGUAGGGUGCAGCACCUGCGCUUCCCAUCUGUAAUGGACAUGCUCAGUCACUUCCGCCUCUUCCCCAUCCCACUCGAGUGUGGAGCCGCCGGUGCCGUCACGUUGUCCAGUUUCGUAGUGGCGGGCUCCAGCCCUCCGUCACAGGGUCAGCUCUCAGGCGCUCUCCUGGUCCCUUUCUCCCUCCAUCGGUGGAGCUCUGAGCCCAGCUUGGCUCACUGCAGCUUGGAUCGCAGCUCCAGUCAGGCCCCUUCGUCCUGCUCCAACACCAACACCACCUCCAGUCCCAGCUCUGUUUCCCAGCCAGGAAAUCACCCCCCAAUUCGCACCAACCCCGUCCCUGACCCUCCUUCGUCGGCCCCCGCUCCUCUGCGUCGGAGCGAGUCAGUGGGGAGGAGGCCUCUGCUUCGCCACCCCAACACCCACACUCCCAUCAUCCCUCAGCGGGACUCAGACUAUGAGCUGGAGCCUGAGCGGGGCCGGAAGCGGGCGAUAGACAACCAGUACAUGUUGCUCUGACCGGCUGAGUCAAACACCUCCAUCACCUCUGAAAGACAGGAGUCACCUGUGAAGUCAACACACACACACAUACAUGCGCGCGCACACACACACACACACACACACACACACACACACACACACACACACACACACACACACACACACACACACACACACACACACGGUCGUGUGUACAGACACAUUUUGUCACCCCACCAACCCAGCCUCAGGUGGGUGUGAGACACGAUCACAGCAGACUCAUGAACUUGAGCGAACAAGUCUUUGUCUGAUGAAUGCAUAGCACUGUGUAUGUCAAAACAUACACACACUCACUAUGCCUGAGCUGAGUGUGUGUUUACCAGUGUCAGACCCUCACAACAACCUCCACCCUGAGUGUCCACAGUGAAUGUAUUUUUGGGAGUUUUAUUACAGUGUUGACAAUAAUGAUUAUUCUUGUUUUAUUGAUGUUGAGGGUCCGUGUGAGAGAAGGUGAGCCACACGUGUGGCUGCCCUUGAGCCCGAAAAAAUAUUUUUAAAUAUUUCUAUUCUGGUGAAUUCAACGAGGUGCGCUUGAUUUAAAUUCUUUGGCACUUAACCUGAACUGAUGGGAAAGCACUGCCUGCAGAACUGGUUAAAUCAAGUGCCUCUUCUAAAUAUUUAAAAGACAUUUACUCUUCACACAAAGUUCCCAGUGUGGAGCAAUCUCCUUUUUUAUAAACACAAACAAAAAAAACACUCUAUUUUAGAGUGUUAUUACAUUCUAGUAGAUAUUCCUCCCCUUGCGCAUUAUUAUAUAUUUAAGUGCACAUUGCUUUCAGUGCACUUUGGAAACAAUGUGUAUAUUUUCUAUACACAGAUUCUUUUGUAGAAAAAUUAAAAAUAAAUAAAGUAAAAAGGGGAAACUUGGUUAAAGUCAGUCAGGGCAGCAUUUUCUAGAAACUUAUCGAGCACCGCUUCCACUCCGUCAAAACUUCGCUGAAGCAGAGAACCACAGAAAUGAUUCAAGAUUAGCUUUUGUCAGCACCGUUUUUGCCUGAAACAGAGGGAACUCAUCGCUGUUUGUGGUGUGUGUGUGUGUGUGUGUGUGUGUGU